GAGACGAGCAGGAAAGGGAAUGCACUGACAGAAGAGAAGAGGAAGAGGAAUAUGCCGAGCAGAGGAAGAGUUGACCAUCAAUGGCAGCCAUGCUGAGUCCUAAGAUCAGGCAGACCAGGAGAGCCAGGUCAAAGAGCAUGGUGAUGGGUGAGGCAUCCCGUGGCUCAUGUCGGCCCACCUCACCGAGCCUCCAAGAGGGGGCUGUAAAGGCUGGCUGGCUGAAGAAGCAGAGGAGCAUUAUGAAGAAUUGGCAACUGCGCUGGUUUGUGCUACGGGCUGACCAUCUAUACUUCUACAAGGACGAGGAGGAAACCAAACCCCAGGGCUGCAUCCCACUGAGGGGCAGCCAAGUGAAUGAGCUGACAGCCAAUCCAGAAGAGCCUGGUCGACACCUUUUUGAGAUUGUGCCAGCUGGAGAGAAAGACAAAGCUGCAAUAAGUCAUGAGUCGUUUCUGCUCAUGGCCAACUCCCAAAGUGACAUAGACGACUGGGUGAAGGCCAUCAGACGGGUCAUAUGGGCUCCGUUCGGAGGAGGCAUAUUUGGGCAGCAUUUAGACAACACUGUCCAGUUUGAAAGGAAGUUUGGUCCUCGCCUCGCCCCUCUCUUAGUUGAGCAGUGUGUGGAUUUCAUCAGGGAACAGGGACUUGAUGAAGAAGGCCUGUUCCGAAUGCCAGGGCAAGCCAACCUCGUGAAGGACCUUCAGGAAGCCUUUGACUGCGGAGAUAAGCCUCAGUUUGACAGUAACACGGAUGUCCACACUGUGGCUUCCCUGCUGAAGCUGUACCUCAGAGAGCUGCCUGAACCUGUCAUACCUUACUGCAAGUAUGAUGACUUCCUCACUUGUGCUCAGCUCCUGGCCAAAGAUGAGGAAGAGGGAAUACAAGAAUUAGGCAAGCUAGUGAAGACCCUUCCAGCUGCUAAUUUCAACCUUCUGAAAUAUAUAUGCAAAUUUCUGGAUGAGGUGCAGUCUCACUCAAAUGAGAACAAAAUGGGCGUGCAGAACUUGGCCACCGUGUUUGGACCAAAUAUCCUUCGUCCUAAAAUGGAGGACCCAGUUGCUAUUAUGGAAGGGACUUCCCUUGUUCAGCAUCUCAUGACGUUGCUUAUAAGCAAGCACGAAUGCCUGUAUAUUGAAACAGACUCAGAAACAUCUCAGACUGAGAUGGAGGUAAGGAUCCAAGGCCAACAACAUCAGCAGUCCAACCUGGUUGACUGGAUCUCUGAGGAGGACCUCCAUACUUGCUCACCCACAGGGAAGAAUGCUUGUCCUAAUGACAACCCUACCAUUAGUACUGCCUCAUCUCUGGAUGCCUCCCAGGUACCUAACACCUCUAAGUCAGUGCCUCAGGGAAAGGGAGAGACUGUCAGCCCUAGUAAGCAGGCCAAGACGCUGCCUGGGUGGAAGUACUCAUUCAAAGGCUCCUCUCCUCGCCCACAGUCUGCCAAAGUCAGUGGCCCCACAGCAGAUAUAUCCACUGCCUCCAGUGGGAAUUGGCUUAUGAAUGGGUUGUCCUCACUGCGGGGACACCGACGCACCUCCUCUGGAGAACGCUCUAGGGAAUCGGGGUCAUCUCAGAGACUGUCUACAUAUGACAAUGUCACAUCUUCGUCAAGUCUGGGCAGUGUGCUGAGUGUAGACAGCACACCAUGGUCCACCUCAUCUUGUGAUAUCUCUGUCCCAGACUCAGGAAGUGACCCAUUAGGGACAGACUCCAGGACUGAGGACAGGUCACAGCCAGAGGCAAAUACUCAGGAAACAGCACUGACUGAGGGGGAAGUGAAGCCCAAUGAACAAGAGGACAGUAGCAUUACUGUGGAGAACUGUGCUAGCAAUCUGCUCUGCAGUGACUAUGGGAACGUGACACCAGUCAUUACAGUUGUGGAUGAAGACAAUGAUGAAAAUCCCACGUCCCUGGCCAGUGAAGUGGUGGAGCUGAAAGAAGAACUGAGGAACCAGAAACAAACAUAUGAAUCUAGAAUUAUGAAGUUGGAAGAGUCAAGUGCAGCCCUUUGUGCACAGAUGGAGAGACUCGAGCAAGAGAUGGAACAGGAGAGAAAAAGAAAACGAAUGCUUGAGAUCAAGCUUAGGAACUCUGAACGGGCUCGUGAGGAUGCAGAAAAUCGCAAUCGCCUCCUUGAGAAAGAAAUGGAAGAUUUCUUCUCCACACUUGGGGACCUGGCUCUUGGAAGCCGUACCAGUGACAUUUAACUAAAAAAAUAAACACACCCAAAACGAGUCAUAAGGACAUGGUGGUGCAUUGCCAUGCAAGCUGUUAAUUAUAAUGGAGGUCUCAGUGGCCAUCAGACAUCUCUAUAAAUUUAAUGGAAAAGGUCUACACUUGGCUGUUAUUCCACAUGCCUAGCAACCCGGACAUAACAUACAAAAAAGGUUAAAGAAACAGUUCUCCAAAAAUAACAAUUCUGUCAUAAUUUGUUCCAAACUAGUAUGACUUUCCUUCUUAGAUUGGACACAAAAGUAGAAGUUAUGGAGAAUAUUAGGAACUGAGAGUCACGUUUCACUGGCAUUGUAUUGAAAAACUUAAAUGAAAGUGAAUGAUUACAGAGGCUAACAUUCUGCCUGACAUCUACUGUUGUGUGCAAUGGAAGAAAGAAAGUCAUACAGGUUUGGAACAUGAAGGUGAGCAAAUGAUGACAACAUUUUCAUUUUUUUUAGUGAACCCUACCUUUAAGGCCUGCCACUUUCAACUACCUAUUUAUUUCUUGAGGAUAUUAAGCAAAGCUAUCCCCACCAUCCCAGCAAUGUAGCAUUUCUUAUAAACCUUGUCCAUCUGUUGUUUUAAAGUAUAUUCUGGAUUCAGUAUGAUUUCAGAAAAUGCAUUUGUUCCAAGUUAAAAUAUGUACUAUUUACAUGAUCAAGGCCUAUUUACAACCACAGCCUGGCUCCUUGAAGAACAAAUAGAGCCAAUCUGUUGGCUUUGGAGCUUUAAAGGGAUAGGUCACCCAAAAAUGAAAAUUCUCUCAUCAUUUACUCACUCGUGCCUUCCCAGUAUAUGACUUUCUUUCUUCAUUAGAAGACAAACAAAUAUUGAAGAAUAUCUCAGUUCUGUAGGUCCAUACAAUGCAAGUGAAUGGUGGCCAGAACUUUGAACAUUCAAAAAUCACAUAAAGGCAGCAUAAAUGAAUCCACAAGAUUCCAGUGGUUAAAUCAAUGUCUUCUGAAGCAAUAUGAUAGAUGUGGGUGAGACAGAUCAAUAUUCAAGUUCUUUUUUUAUACAAAUCUCCUCCUUUGACCAGCCCGACCAGUAGGUGGCGAUAUGCACAAAGAAUGCAAAUUGCCAAAAAAUAACAAAAGGAUUUAUGGAUAUAAAGGACUAAAAUAUUGAUCUAUUUCUCACCCACACCUAUUAUAUCGCUUCUGAAGAAAUGGUUUUAUCCACUGGAGUCUAAUGGAUUACUUUUAUGCUGAUUUAUGUAAUAUUUUAAAAUUUUGAAAAGUUUUGGCCACCAUUCACUUGUAUUGUAUGGACCUGCAGAUCUGAGAUAUUCUUCUAAAAAUCUUUGUUUGUGUUCUGAAGAAGAAAGUAAGUCACACAUCUGGGAUGGCAUGAUGGUGAGUAAAUGAUGAGAGGAUUAACAUUUUUGAUUGAACUAUCCCUUUAAGCAGACCACUGCAUCAGAAAAAACAUGUGAAAUAAAACAGGGAUGCAAACUCAUUAAGGGUGAAAAAGGUGAGAAAGUCAUAGCAGGUGUUCCAAAUGUAUAUUUUCAGGUGAUUCGUUUGUUGUAUUUAAAACUUAUUUUAUGCCUAUCUGUCGCUAGUUUUAAGUGUUUAAACUUCAAGUGAUUGUAAUAAGGACAAUUUUAACAAACAAUUUGGUCAAAUUAGCUUCAGAAAAUGUGACUAGCUGAAAGGGGAGUAGUUUGCAUCCCUGAAAAAGGACAGUGGGGCUGUGCUUUUGUUGAGAUCUCAUUUUGGAAAAUGUAAUGUUGCUUAAGCCACUAAAAUAGCUCCAAAUCUUGCCAUUGAAUACAUUUCCUUGCAUCUUGUGUGCUAUUCUGAGAUUGUCAGAGUGACAGUGCCACUUUGAUAUAUAUAUAUAUGAAAAGUGACUUUUGUCAGUUGGUCUAAUGUUAUUUAUUUGACACUAUUCAAGUGUAUAGAAAGUCUAGAAAUACUCUUGUGGAUGUUUUUUCAAGCAAUUGCUCAAAUACUGUUGUAGAUUUUGUAGGCUCAGCUCAUUCUCUGAACAAGUAUUUUCUGAAUGCAUACUACUCAUUUAUAUUAUGUAAUAGCAUGAUGGUGUUAGCCAAACGGUUAACUUUCCAGGCUGCAAAUACAAAGGUUUCAGGUUCAUUCUUAAAAGGAAGAGACCCAGAAACUGGAAAUCACCAUUGUGCCCUCUUUUUCGCUGCUCAACAUGUUUCAAUUAUCAGUCCAUUUGGAUAUUAGGUUUAUUUCUAGAACUUCUUUAAUAAAGAAUUUACUGCCUAUUUAGAAUGAGUGAAGUUGUUAUACACCAUCUUCAUGAUUACACUAUUAUACUGCGGCCAUACAUGAUAACUAGUCUUAUGUGCUGUGCUGAAAUGU